AUGCGAGUCACCGAGUCCCGAGCCCUCCUUCUACUGCUCUCAGGGUCCCUGGCCCUGUCCCCGACCUGGGCUGGGUUCCACUCGCUGAGGUAUUUUCACAUUUUGCAAACCCGGCCCAGCCUCGGGAAGGACUUCUAUGCAUCUGUGGGCUAUUUGGACGACACGCAGUUCGUUCGGUACAAUAGCGACCUCUCGAAUCCGAGGGUGGAGCCACGCGCGCGGUGGAUGGAACGGGAGCGGCCAGACUAUUGGGACUGGCAAACUGCCAAAGCCAAAGAACAUGCUCAGGUUUCACGAUCAAACCUGAAGGUGAUCGUUGGCAACCACAACCAUAGCGAGUCUGAUUCCCACAGCCUCCUUUGGUUGUCUGGCUGCGACGUGGGACCGGACGGGCGCAUUGUUCGAGGGUAUGAGCAGUUUGCGUACGACGGUGCGGAUUACAUCUCCCUGAACGAGGACCUGCGCUCCUGGACUGCGGUGGGCACGGUGGCUCAGAUCAUCCGGCACAAGUGGGAGGCGGAGGAAGUAGCUGAACAGUACCGCGCAUACUUGGAGACCGAGUGCGUGGACUGGCUCCGCAAGUACCUGGAGAAGGGGAAGGAGACGCUGCAGUAUUCAGUUCCUCCAGAGACACAUAUAACCCAUCACCCCAUCGCUGACCAUAAGGUCACCCUGAGGUGCUGGGCCCUGGGCUUCUACCGGGCAGAGAUCACUCUGACCUGGCAGCGUGAUGGGGAGGACCUGAUCCAGGACAUGGAGCUUGUGGAGACCAGGCCUGCAGGGGAUGGGACCUUCCAGAAGUGGGCGGCUGUGGUGGUGCCUUCUGGAGAGGAGCAGAGAUACAAGUGCCAUGUGCAGCACGAGGGGCUACCUGAGCCCAUCACCCUGAGAUGGGAACCAGAGCCUCAGUCGAACACCUUCAUCUUGGUAUGCAUUAUCUUAGUUGUCCUUGGAGUCGUGACCAUUGGAAUUGCAAGAGUGAUCUGGAACAGAAGUGCUCACAGGGAGUGGUGA